GCGGUGCCUUCUACUACUUUGGUAGAAUCAACGGUCUCGAGGAUGAGGAGAUCGAUACAAGACUGAUAUUUUUCUCGGAGUUGCUUCAACUGCCUCCAUAUAAUCAUCUGGUGAAGAACAUGAGUGGAGGGGAGCAAAGAAGGGUUUCUCUUGCCGCCGCGUUGAUCCACAAUCCCGAACUUUUAAUCCUCGACGAACCCACUGUGGGCUUGGAUUCAAUUUUGAGAGAGAAAAUUUGGUCCUAUAUGAUCCAGAUUACUCAGGAGGAAAAUAUUACAGUGCUGAUUACGACACACUACAUUGAAGAAACUAAAUAUGCUAAUAAAAUUGGUUUGAUGAGAUGUGGUAAAUUGAUAGCGGAAUCAAAGCCGCAGAAACUGCUGGAGCGAUUUCAAUGUUCGUUCUUAGAAGAAGCCUACCUGAAGUUAUGCAAUAUCCAAAAUAAUACAGUCACUUUAAAUGAAGCUCAGGAAUCUGAAGUAGAAGACACCUGCAAUGUCUUGUACCAGGAUCAAAAUCAACGUGAAUUAAUAGAAGCCAUCUCAAAGUUCCAAGCGGUUUCGGAACGUCAAGUUUCGCGACUGAAAAGGUUCAAAGCUCUGUUGACGAAGAAUGGCACGCAAUUUUUGCGUCAUUAUGAAGGACUAUUUUUUGCAGUAGUAUUUCCGAUAUUUCAAUUGUGCGCAUUUAUAUUAGCAACUGAUGGUAGUCUGAAGGAUUUGAAGAUUGGCGUCGUCAACGACGAAGUCGAUAACUGUAGUUUUGUCGGUAACUUUGGCAAUGUUUGGAAGGAUGAAAUCACUUGUCAUUUUGGCAAUCUUAGUUGCAGAUUUCUGCAUGACUUUAGCAACUCUAUCGCUAUACAG